AUGAGCAGGGAUUGCCCUAACAGGGCUUUGAUUUGCUUUCAUUGCAAUCAGAUCGGCCAUAAAAAGGCUGAUUUAUCGAGGUUGUCUGGGGGACCAAUGGUGGCGCCUGCACCCACCACCUUGAGGAUUACCAAUGGCCACCAGGGCAAGGCGGAGGCUCCUGUGGUGAAGAGCAGGGCUUUUCAGUUGACCAUCGAUGAGGCCCGUGCAGCACCGAAUGUAGUUACAGGGAACUUUUUGGUCAAUGGUGUGUAUGCUCAUGUUCUAUUCGAUUCAGGGGCUACCCAAUCCUUUGUAUCUCUUGUGCUCAACAAGAGGUUUCGAGACACUCCGUGGACUUUAAGUUCCCCUUUAGAGGUGGAGAUUGUAGAUGAUCGUACCGAGAGUUCUUCGAGGGUUUUCCAUGGGUGUGUCAUGAGCGUGUUUAGCGAGAGGUUCUCUAUUGAUUUGGUUCCGGUUACCUUCAGAGGAAUGAAAAGGUUAUCAUUGGGAGGGAUUGGUUGGGCCCUAAUUCGGCCGUGA